GACGCCGGGGCGGUGCCGUGUGUGGGCGGGGCUUGUGCUUCUCUAUAUAAAAGGCAAAGGGGCCGAAGCGCAUGUCGCAGUUCUCUCGUACAAAGCCGGUGGCGUGGCUUUGAGUUUCUUUUUUAGAUUCGUGAGAGAGACUGACAAACAUGGCUGAAGCGAGCACCUGCAACAUGGAGGUUUCUUGUACUCAGCCUGAGAGCAGUGUGAAGCCAAAUGCGGAGGACAUGACAUCAAAAGAUUACUACUUUGACUCGUAUGCUCACUUUGGCAUCCAUGAGGAGAUGUUAAAAGAUGAAGUUCGAACGCUGACAUAUCGUAACUCAAUGUUUCACAACAGACAUCUAUUUAAAGAUAAAGUAGUCUUGGAUGUUGGGAGUGGCACGGGUAUUCUCUGCAUGUUUGCAGCAAAGGCUGGUGCCAAGAAAGUUAUUGGGAUUGAGUGCUCAAGUAUAUCUGACUAUGCCAUAAAAAUCGUGAAGGCAAAUAAACUAGAUCAUGUGGUUACAAUCAUCAAAGGCAAAGUAGAAGAGGUGGAGCUCCCAGUAGAAAAAGUGGACAUCAUAAUCAGUGAAUGGAUGGGAUAUUGUCUGUUCUAUGAAUCAAUGCUGAACACUGUUAUCUAUGCACGGGAUAAAUGGCUGACUCCAGAUGGGUUAAUAUUUCCAGAUCGUGCUACACUGUAUGUAACUGCUAUUGAGGAUAGACAAUACAAAGACUACAAAAUUCACUGGUGGGAAAACGUUUAUGGCUUUGAUAUGUCAUGCAUCAAGGAUGUAGCCAUCAAGGAGCCUCUGGUUGAUGUUGUUGAUCCCAAACAACUGGUCACUAAUGCUUGCCUUAUAAAGGAAGUUGAUAUUUAUACUGUCAAAGUUGACGACCUGACCUUUACCUCUCCAUUCUGCCUGCAAGUGAAACGGAAUGAUUACAUCCAUGCACUAGUUGCUUAUUUCAACAUUGAAUUUACACGGUGCCACAAAAGAACUGGCUUCUCUACAAGUCCUGAGUCUCCGUACACUCACUGGAAGCAAACAGUCUUCUACAUGGAAGAUUAUCUCACUGUUAAGACUGGCGAGGAGAUUUUUGGUACCAUAAGCAUGAAGCCAAAUGCCAAAAACAAUCGUGACUUGGAUUUUACCGUUGACAUUGACUUCAAGGGGCAGCUUUGUGAGCUGUCAUGUUCGACAGACUACAGAAUGCGUUGAGACUACAAACCAGCCGACCUGCCUGAAGAAACUGAAAACCAAUGCAUCAUGUAUAACAUUUAGCUGUGUGGUUUUAUUUACAUAGUCUACAAAGUUUUAACCCCUGCUGCUAGCCACAAAUGGGGAACAUUUUAGAAGCCCAGUUCAGUGUAGAGUGCAAGAGCUCCUUGGUGAAACCAAAAGCACUGAUCUUGUCCUCCACUGUGGCCAUUAAGGCUAGAGUAUUGAUCCAGCUCCUUGGCUGGGUUCAUCAUGUAAAUAAAGAUCCAUAAUGGAUUCAAACCAUCUGUUCAGUUUCCGAGCCCCCUAAGUUUUCCUGCCUUUAGCAGGUCUAUCCCAAGAGGCAUUCCUUUUUGUUUUUAGUAUAUUCAGUCAAUGAAUUGCUAGAAUUGCAGACUAUUUUAACAAUAGGAAACCCAUUACUUGAUUACUGAGUGGCCUAAAGGGGUAUACACUGCAAAAGUAUUCAGCCCCUGCUGGCAGCAAAGUGUUAAGCUCCAAAGUGUGCAUUCCCUUUCACUUUUUUUUUGCAGGACUUUUUUUUUUUUUUUAACUAAUGGACACUAUCAGGGUGGGUUUUCUGUCCUGUUGCAAUGUGUAUGGUAUCACCAGUAUCCCUUGUCUAGCCCUUAUGAGGAGCAGGCACCCAUCCUAUUGAGGAACAAAAGGGUUGCUCACUUGGCUUGGGUGUUUUGUACUGUUUUUGUAAGUCCUCUCAGACCUUGGUAUGGAAAGGCCCUUCAUUUGUUUUAUUGAUCCUUCAAGCUUCCCAUUGUGACUGUUUCAUAACUUAUGGUUUUUAUAUGGUUGCAUUCAUAAUGAAAUUAAAAAGUGAACUGUGUAUUGGCAUUGUUUGUUUUUCUGGCUUGCACUGGGAAUGUGUACAAACUGGCCUUGCAGAUGCUUCCAUGUUAUAGGCAUAGUGACUUUUAUUGCUUGGUCAGUGGCUAAGAUUUGAGUGCUUCUGUGGUUGGCCAGUAUGUAGGACAUAUGCGCCUCUCCUCAAGGGCUCAAGGUUGCCUUCUAUUAAAGGUUAAGUCCAAUUCUUAAGCCUCU